GAGAAGCUGAAACGUCUGCCCAAUGCCAACCCCGCUGCUAGUUUUGUUCAGUUAUAUUUAUAAAUCUUAACUCUCCUUUUGAAGAAGACCCUUCAAGGUGUCCUUUGAUAAUGAUUCCAAAGGUAUAAGCCUUUAAAAACAAAUGACUAUUUGCCCUCACUUUGCCUAUUUUCUUUCAGUGUUUACUGAGGAAGAACAAAUGGGUUUAGCAAAGCACAAUGAAUUCCGACAAGUACAUGAAGCUCCUGCUAUGACACUGGACAGAGAUAUGUGUGAUCAGGCGAAACAGUACGCUCAGAAGCUUGUAAAUAUGGGUGCUCUAAAGCAUUCGUCGAGAGGAGAGAGAGAAGGGCAGGGAGAGAAUCUUUCCAUGGGAUGUUCAUCAAACGCUCCACAAACCGUAGAGGAAGCCGUGACAAAUUGGUGAGGUUACAUUUCGCUUUCUUGUAGCGCAGAAAUUCGAUUAGGUGUAGUAUUCAACUUUAAUUAUUUGGCCUUUGAGAAUAGGCUCACGAGGCUACCCAACACAAUGAUGUCAUUUCUUUUACAGUUGUAUACUUAGUUGCUAAGCUUUUGAUCUGCAGUGAGGCUGAAAGUGACCUUGUUGUGAUAGAGAGCCGUAUCUAGUCAGAUUGAUAACAAAGUAAUUUACAUUCGAAAAGCAGCAAGGUUUGUAUCAUAACCAGGUUACCCUUAGCCUCACUCCUCUUCGAAGGCUCGGCAACCAAACACGCAACUGUGAAAGGGACUAUUUACUCCCAAACCUCGCUUUCACUACAUUCUUCCCGAGUCUUUGCCAAGUUCUUAUCGUUCGCUUGUGGGUGUUCCUUUGAUUUUUGGUCCUACUCCCCAUAAAUAGAGAAAGUAACGAUGAUGGUAAUCAGUUAUUUUUUAUUUCAGUGUUUUGGGAAUAUUUUUAUUUUUGAAUUACAUUUCACUAGUUCGCGCCUUGAGAGUGAGGCGUAGAGGGUGGAAUUGGAUAUUGCACCGUAAAAAUGCACUAGGCCUACUUCCACUAAUUUAGUUAAAAUUCUUUUCUUAGAAAUAAGGUGUAGUAACCCUGACUAUUUCUGAAUGAUCUGAUUCGAAAUACUAAGGAGCAACCAUCCUUCCAAACAAGACAUCUGAAACAGAUAUCGAAUAUAUUUGGCACUCUGCAAUAGCGGCCCGCACACAACCCAAGCGGUCCAUACCACUGACGUUCAAUCCAGUCUUUUUAUGUAGCCCUCAUUGGUGCCACUUCAUGUUGCGGUUAAUAACCUAAUACCUUGUUAUAUGCUUACGGGAAUCGAUCGUGACAUCUUCAUUGUUUAGAAAAGCAUCGCCGAAACCAAAACCUUUCUGGCACACUUCCUUUUCUUGAGUAACCAGGACAGAAUUUCCCAUAACAGAUUUAAGCAGAAAACUCAUGAGAGUAAAUUAGUAGGGGAUUAUUAAGUGAUCCAACACCAAAUUCCCACAACAAACAGAAUAGUCGAGCCAAAAGUCGACCCAAAACAUCAAUGGUGAUGCUAAACUCGCCAGAUGAGCUGCCUUAGCACGAAUUUAGUGCCCGAAUAAAGCACGGAAUCUAUUGAAAUCUUCAGUCGGUACAGGUUCCAUGAAAAAACCGGUCACGAAAAUGAUACGAGUUAACAAACGGCGUAAAGAGGGUGGUGAAAUAUAUGUGAAACCCAUGUCUACAAAACUAUUAUAGAUAUUAGAAAACUUGACGCAGGGGUGGAAUUGCUUGAAUUAAAACUGUGAGGGCAAUUUUACGAAAUCGGAACACCUAAGGUUGCUAAUGAUGAACGAUACUCUCCGCCGUGUGUUUCGUGAUGUGUGAAGCCAAAGCAGUCAAUUAAUGUUAUGACAGCUGAUUUUUCUUUUGCUCUAUUUUUGUGUUCUCUCUCUUUAGUCUCAUUGUUUUCCAGGUACAAUGAGGUCUGUGAUCCGGGAUAUAAUUUUGGCAGGGCUUCCUACUCUGGUGGAACAGGCCAUUUUACACAGGUAGUUUGGAAAGGCAGUACAGUUCUUGGAAUCGGACGGGCAGAGGGUACAAUGCGAGGAAUGAAAUGUGCAUAUAUUGUGGGCAGAUAUAAACCAGCUGGAAACAUGAUGGGGGACGUUGCCCAAAAUGUGGUGAAAGGUUCCUUUGAUAAAGGCAGCUACUGUGCAUCAAUUCCAAGAAAAAAUCGAUGGUUCUUUGACAAGAAUGGGAAAGCAGUGAAGGUGAAUGGAACCAAAGUUCCGACUUUCAAAACGGGACUAGCUGAGAGUCGUGCCCAGCCGGUUGAGCUAUUGAAUAGCAAGAAGAAAACAACUGUUUCGCACAAGCACAAUAAAUGAGUCUCUCUGUGAAAAAAAAAUCCAAAAUAAAAAAAAAUAUAUAUAUAUAUAUAUAUAAAUUGAUAUUUAGUAAUUGCC